AUGUCUAUGCUGCUGCGAACUGUCUUGUGGGUUGUUCUAAUAUGUGCAGGUGUUGAAACUAACAGUGUGAAUCCUGCUCUAGUUCUGCUUCUUGGUAGAACUACUUUGCAGCGAUUCUCUGCUGUCCGAAAGCUUUUUCCUCUCAUUGCUCUCACCAAGCUGUUACAGGUACUCGAUCAAGAAACUGUUAAGCAGAUUACUGGAAUACCAAUUCCUGUCUCUAACCAACGUGAUGAGUGCAUAUGGGGCCCCGCAACCGAUGGCAGAUUCUCCAUCAAGUUAAAAACAACAGAUAGGUUAUCAAAAUUUGGGUAUAUUGAUGAUAACAGCUGUCCAUUGUGUGACAACGACAAUGAAACUGCUGAUCACCUAUUUGGUCAUUGUGACUUCACUACUGAGGUUUUCAGGCUUGUAGGAAUCAGUGCUCCUAUGGACUGGCACAAAGGAUAUUUAAAGGUCCUUCGAGAAAUGUUUAUUAACCAACCGUAUGAUAAGUUUCUUUUUGCAAAGGUCCUUAUCAUAUAUUGGCAGAUAUGGAAAGCAAGAAAUGACACCAUAUUCAGAGAUGUGAUUACCACCGCUACUAAUGUUGUAGCAACUGCUGCCUUUCAUUUUAAUGAAACUGCCUUGUACAAGGCUGUUGUUGGGGGAGGUAUUUCUCAAACCACUCCUUCCACCAUAAGGUGGCUACCCCCUCACAACAACUUCAUCAAGAUUAAUUUUGAUGGUUCUGUUCAAGGAAGAUCAGCUGUAGGAGGUUUCGUUUUUAGAAACAGUGAUGGGAACGUGAUUCUUGCUGCUGCAAAGGGUUUAGGAAGUACUACUAUUCCAACAGCUGAAGCCACGGCUCUGAGAGAUAAUCUUGUCAAAGCUAGAGACCGAGGCUAUAUGAAUGUCCAAGUGGAAGGUGACUCGAAGCUGGUGAUUGAUGCCAUCAAUGGGAAAUUAUCCCCUCCUUGGAGAUUGCAGAAGAUUGUCCAAGAUAUUCGGACUAUUGCUACCUCUUUCUCCUCAGUUUGCUUUAACCAUGUAUACAGAGAGGCAAACUUUGUGGCAGAUGCUUUUGCAAAUGAAGGCCACCAACUCCCGAAUGGUCGUGAGUGGCAAGAUGGAUACUCAGCAGCUGUUGCUAAAGCGCUCGUUCCAACAACUUUGGUGACGUCAUAUUUCGAGAGGAAUUCAAAAAUUGGACCCGACUAA